AUCACUUUGAAAUCGAAUUAGAAAUCAUUGAGUUAUGCAUUCAUGUGCAAUAUUUAAGGGCCAAUUCUGACAUAACAUGGGCAAUACCCCAUCUGCUAGUAAUAGUGAUCAAAGAUAUAAGAUAUUUUGGAGCGAAUAAUGAUUCAAAUAACGAUUAUUUUAUCAAUAGCUCAUAAUAUAUCUCCAGGUGUAGCCUGCUAUGAUGACGGUGAUAAUCCCCAAAGUACAGGUACCCAUGGAUUUCGGGGUCCAAUAUCUUGGAUCUCCAUCUCACAGUAAUCUCAAGUUUCUACUUGAAAGUGGAGAAGAACUUCUAGCCAACUCUAUGAUAAUCUCUUACAACAGCCCAGUUAUUGAGAAUUUAACUACAAAUCUUUUCCAAUCCACUAUUGAAGUACAAGAUUUCUCCAAAGAUGCAGUUCAAUGUUUUCUUGAGGCUUCAUAUUCUGGGGACGUAAAGAAGAUCUCAAGGUCUAAUUUUCGUGAAGUGAACAAAAUGGGCCAUGUUUUUGAUGUUGCUUGGAUUGUUGACAGAUGCUACAAAUACUUCAAAUCUUUAACAGAAACUGUGAAUGUGAAUAACUAUACUGAGCAACUGUUUGUGUUUGAAGAGGCAAUGUUCAUGUUCAUUACACUAAAAAAGAGAAACUUUGUUGAAUUAGUUAUCACAAAGUUUACAUCCCUGACCACGUGCACUGAACAUUUUGUAACAAAGUAUCUCAGUGACAUUUCAUCUUGCUCUUCAACAACUCUUGAUGUGAUAAUCGAGAUGACAGGAAAAGAGGAAUACAUUUUGAUACAAGUUCUAGUAAAUCACCUGGAAAAUAACAAUUGUGUUAUUGAUCCCAACACUCGAUGCAUAUUGGAGAAUGUAACAUUUUCAUCGCGUGAAGCAGCUCACAAGCCUUUGUAUCUGGAAUUAAUUGAGAAAUUGGAGAGUAUUGACAAUCCAUCAAAAGAGGAUUUCAAGUUGAUUGUUGGACUUCUCAAACGGUUCUAUAGUGCUUCAUCUGAAAGUCAAGUAGUGGUAAAAAAGGCAGGGUCUGUUCCUUACUUAUUCCAUAAUUUUCAACAGUUGCAAGAUAUUAAUGAUCUGAACACUCUUGCAACUUUCUUAGAAAAAUCUCCGCUCGUUACAAACAGCUACAUUUUCUACGAUGCUGUUUUCUGCUGGUUGUUUGAUAAAUCCCUUUUUCCAACAAACAAUCCAUUUGUUACAAUCACAAACCAAUUUGUGACUAAGUUUUCUGAUAUUAUGACAAGUAGAGGUUGGGAUCCUUUACCUCGUGAGUACAUUGAUACGGAAUACAAGAAUAAUCCGGUAUAUGGUGGUUUCACUGCUAAGAUACUAAAGAAUGUCCACAUGGUAACUGAAAAUAAGCUCAGCUAUAAGCGUAUCGUCUCUACCUCUCAAUACACACCUGAUGAACUAUUUAGGAGAGAUCACGACAUCAAGUUUCAAUAUAAACAGAGUGCAUUUGACUGUCAAAGAGAGGGGCACUGUGGUUUCAUCCUGCGUGUUACUGCUGCUUCGGAUAAACAAGAUGAUUCGUUUAAUAUACAGCUUGUUACUGAUCCUGACCUCUACCCUGAUGAUCUACAUUUUCACGAAGAAACAUCCUCUGUGAUAGGGGAUUUUCACCUAGCUCUAGAUAUAGAUGUUGUUGGUUUUAAAAUAUGAAGGAUAUGCCGAUAACAUGGUACGGUAAACCGUGUAAAGAUACAACCUCCAGAUACUGGUAUUGGGGGGCAAACCAGUUUUUUAAUGGCCGUUAUUGCGAAGGAUAUUCACCGACGGGAGACGUGAAGUUUAAACAGAUCCGUUACCUUAGUUCUUCUUCUAGGAUAAGUAUUGUUGUUUACUUUAGCUCAAAAGCGAGCAGUUGAUCAGAGUGGUUGAAGGAACUAUUAAAGACAUUAACUCUGAUAACAGGGAGGAUAAGGAAAAUACUGCUGCUAAUACUGAGCUGUGUCACUCUGUUAUACAAUACGGACACAUAGAGGGGAAACUCUGAUGUUAACUGCAGUAAAACUAGUGUCUUCAAUCAACUGUGUACUAUAGAACAUGAUAAACACUACACACCACUGACACUAAACAGUGACCAAUACACUAAAAACCAGCGCUGUGGUAUCGUGAUCUUAGUACUUUCUAUCUUUAUUAAUUUUGUCAAUACAAUAGUAAUGAUAAUUUUGUGUCUGUGAAGGAUUUGGAUAAUGUUUCUUUUACCCAUUAUUAGUUAUACAGUUGUUAGUUCUAUGACUAUAUUAUUUUAAUGGCUCAAUGUAACGCUUUUUAACCUUUGUUUAUCUUAAUUAUUGAUUUAGCAUUUAUGUCUGAUGGAGAGGCGAGUUAUCGUUUUGUAAUGUGUAGUCCUGUGAAUGUACCAUUAACACAUAAUAUUAAUGUUUUUAGUCCACUAAUCAACGAGCAAGCUCGACUCUCAGGGGUGCAUGCACUGUGAGAUCAAUUUUAUUAGUUUUGUGAUUUAGCAUUUAUCAUAAAAACAGCUAAACAGUCUUAGUUAAUCUUUAUUUUCUUCUUUUGAAAUUGUUUUUUAUCGAUUUGUUAUUAAAAUUUAUUAAUUCAGUGCAUGCAAAUUGUAAGCAUCUAUUACAAUAGUAUAUUUUACUAAACAGUAACAAUUUAAAAGAUUAGAUUUGUCGGUAUUGGAUGCUCUUUUUAGGUAUUCGUUGUAUGCUAAUUUUGUGACACAAAAUUUCCGUUCUUUUUCAAUUCAUGAGUUGUUUCUUGAUGAUACUCUUUGCAAGUGUUGAUUGUAGAAUUUAGAAAGCAUCUGUCACUUUUAAAAUCAAAUUAUAAUAAAUCAUCGAGUUAUGCUCAAUUCAUGUGCAAUGGGGUUCGCCCAUUUAACAUGGGCAGAUACGAUGCCCCAUUUGCUAAUUUAAAAGUGAACAUAGGAUUUUGGAGCGAAUUUAAAUGAUUCAAAUAACGAUUAUUUUAUCAAUAGCUCAUAAUAUAUCUCCAGGUGUAGCCUGCUAUGAUGACGGUGAUAAUCCCCAAAGUACAGGUACCCAUGGAUUUCGGGGUCCAAUAUCUUGGAUCUCCAUCUCACAGUAAUCUCAAGUUUCUACUUGAAAGUGGAGAAGAACUUCUAGCCAACUCUAUGAUAAUCUCUUACAACAGCCCAGUUAUUGAGAAUUUAACUACAAAUCUUUUCCAAUCCACUAUUGAAGUACAAGAUUUCUCCAAAGAUGCAGUUCAAUGUUUUCUUGAGGCUUCAUAUUCUGGGGACGUAAAGAAGAUCUCAAGGUCUAAUUUUCGUGAAGUGAACAAAAUGGGCCAUGUUUUUGAUGUUGCUUGGAUUGUUGACAGAUGCUACAAAUACUUCAAAUCUUUAACAGAAACUGUGAAUGUGAACAACUAUACUGAGCAACUGUUUGUGUUUGAAGAGGCAAUGUUCAUGUUCAUUACACUAAAAAAGAGAAACUUUGUUGAAUUAGUUAUCACAAAGUUUACAUCUCUGAUAACUUGCACUAAAACUUUUGUAACAAAGUAUCUCAGUGACAUUUCAUCUUGCCCUUCAACAACUCUUGAUGUGAUAAUCGAGAUGACAGGAAAAGAGGAAUACAUUCUGAUACAAGUUCUAGUAAAUCACCUGGAAAAUAACAAUUGUGUUAUUGAUCCCAACACUCGAUGCAUAUUGGAGAAUGUAACAUUUUCAUCGCGUGAAGCAGCUCACAAGCCUUUGUAUCUGGAAUUAAUUGAGAAAUUGGAGAGUAUUGACAAUCCAUCAAAAGAGGAUUUCAAGUUGAUUGUUGGACUUCUCAAACGGUUCUAUAGUGCUUCAUCUGAAAGUAAAGUAGUGUUAAAAAAGGCAGAGUAUGUUCCUUACUCAUUCCACAAUUUUCAGCAGUUACAAGAUAUUAAUGAUCUGAAAACUCUUGCAACUUUCUUAGAAGAAUCUCCGCUCGUUACAAACAGCUACAUUUUCUACGAUGCUGUUUUCUGCUGGUUGUUUUAUAAAUCCCUUUUUCCAACAAACAAUCCAUUUGUUACAAUCACAAACCAAUUUGUGACUAAGUUUUCUGAUAUUAUGAAAAGUAGAGGUUGGGAUCCUUUACCUCGUGAGUACAUUGAUACGGAAUACAAGAAUAAUCCGGUAUAUGGUGGUUUCACUGCUAAGAUACUAAAGAAUGUCCACAUGGUAACUGAAAAUAAGCUCAGCUAUAAUCGUAUCGUUUCUACCUCUGAAUACACACCUGAUGCACUAUUUAGUAGAGAUCACGACAUCAAGUUUAAAUUCAAACAGGAUAGAUUGGGUAGAUUUGACUGUCAAAGAGAGGGGCACUGCGGCUUCAUCCUGCGUGUUACUGCUGCUUCGGGUGAACAAGAUGAUUCUUUCAAUAUACAGCUUGUUACUGAUCCUGAUCUCUACCCUGAUGACCUACAUUUUCACGAAGAAACAUCUUCUGGGUUCGGAGAUUUCCAUCUAGCUCUUGAUAUAAAAUCAAGUGGUAAUUACCACAAAGACACACCGAUAACAUGGUACGGUAAACCAUGUAAAGAUGCAACGUCUACAUACUGGUGUUGGGGAGCGAACAUGUUAUUUGCAUUUAGCGAGGGUGGGCGUCCACCAUCAGAUUACGUGAGUUAUGUUCGGUACCGUUUUCUUGGUUUUGCUGAUAAGGAAAUGCUCCCGCCGUCAAGACACGGUGUCCUGACAUAUAAUAGUAAUCUUAGAUUUGGUACUCCUCCUGAGAUAAGUAUUGUUGUUUAUUUUGGAUCAGAAUCGAGCACUUUAUCAGCGUAGUUGAGCUGCGUUGUGAGGGCUGUCACACUGUGACGUCACUCUCUGUUAUACAAUACAGACACGCAUCAUGACAGGAAAAGUUCGACAUUAAAUUCACUAAAACUAGACCCUACAACGAACUACAUGACACAGCACUUUCAAACAAUGAUCAAUAGACUCAAAGCCAUCUGGAGGUACAAUUGAUGUCAUCGUCAUAGUUUGUUGACUUAACUAGAUGAUUAAAUGCAUGCAGAUUUUUAGUGCCCAUAAGUUUUGAUUAAAAAUGUAAUAUUUUUGUAUAUAAAACCACAACGAUUAAGCUGGUUAGUAUAGGACCGAAUAUUUUUUUGGAUUUGCCUGUUUACUCCACGAUACAAAUUGUGCCCCUCGGUGAUUUGAGUUACCAAUGACCUAUUUAACCCGAUUUAGUAGCAAAAAACUCUAUGCAAUGAAGUGCACACUCAACCCCUGCCUGCUACUGGAGUAGUUGUAUUGAUUUUACGAUUUAUCGUCCGCUUACGAAGUUGAUUUACAAGUGAACUCUUAACCAGAUUUGAUUACCUCCUGAGAAAUAAAUGGAGGCCAAUCUGAUAUUGAUUAUUUUAAAGUUUUAAGACAGUUUCCACAUCAGGAUUAUUGAAUUACAGCCCAACACAAUCUUAGACGGUUUAUAAUGAUGAAACAUUGACGUGUUUCGAUUUCGCCCAGUUUGCCAUUAAUCAAAAGAAAUUCCAAAACGUGGAAAUGUUCGCCACUUCACUGAG